UUGAAUGACAGCGCAUUUUAGCCGAAUAUAUCAGUAUUUACUAUGCUGCUAUCUCAGUGAUUCGUAUAUUUUUCGUUUAUACAUCAGUUCCCCCACCAUAUUGAAAAUGAUAACAUCAACAUUCAGCUUAGCAAUUCAUGUAUUUAUGACGUCGUCUAGAAUACUCCGUCCAGUGGCUCGUUUACUAGGAUACACGUCUCAUCUAACCAUGGCUACCAAAGCGGUCAAGGGCAAAAUCAACUUCAAUACGAAACAUUUGACCAAAGGUGAUCCACUGCCUCCAUUCAAUGGCAAACUUCGUGUUUACAACAUGAGAUACUGUCCGUACGCGCAACGGACAAUACUAGCAUUGAAUGCCAAACAAAUUGAUUACGAAGUUGUCAACAUUAAUUUAGUCAACAAACCGGAGUGGUAUACUACAAAGAGUGCAUUUGGUAAAGUGCCCGCCAUAGAAAUUGAAGACGGAGUAACUAUUUACGAGAGUUUGGUGACUGUGGAGUAUUUAGAUGAUGUUUAUCCGCAAAGGCCAUUGUUACCCAAAGAUCCAGUUAAGAAAGCUUUUGACAAAAUUAUAAUUGAAGCUGCGGGACCUAUUAGUACACUUUUCUACAAACUACUAAGAAGUCCAGAAUCAAUAACUGAAGAUAACUUCACUGCGUAUCACCAAGGGCUAGAUUUCAUCCAGGAGCAACUGAAGAAGAGGGGUACUAAAUUCUUGGACGGUGAUCAGCCUGGUUUUGUUGAUUACAUGAUUUGGCCCUGGUUUGAGAGAAUUUUACAAUUGGAUUUGGAUGAAAGGAUCAAAAUAAAAGAAGAUAAAUAUAAGUUAUUGGUUCCGUAUUUAAAUGAUAUGUUGAAAGAUCCUGCCGUUAGUCAAUACCUAGUUCCUGAUGAAAUAUUGCAACAGUUUUUGAAGGCAUAUACAUCUGGAGAUCUAAGUACAGUUAAUUACAAUUUAUUGACUCAGGACUAACUUGCUUACUAUCUGAAAGAUUUUUUAUACAUAAUAAUUGUUACCUUGGAAGCUACUGUGAAGUAGGUAAUAUUAUUGCUGACUCAUAAAAAUAAGAUUGUUACUUUAUGGAAUUAUGUAAUGUAUGUUUAGAGAUAAGGUACCUAUAUCUAA